UGCGCGAGAGCAGCCUCCGCGCGGACUACAACUCCCAGAAGGCCGCGCGAUCCGAGAGGACUUCCGGACGCUGACGUCGGAGCCGCUCCGGGCCGGGAGGACAGCGGCGGCGUGCCCAUGACGAAGUUAGCGCAGUGGCUUUGGGGACUGGCGCUCCUGGGCUCCACCUGGGCGGCUCUGACCACGGGAGCCCUGGGCCUGGAGCUGCCCUCGUCAUGCCGGGAGGUGCUGUGGCCGCUGCCGGCCUACUUGCUGGUGUCCGCCGGCUGCUACGCCCUGGGCACUGUGGGCUUCCGCGUGGCCACUUUCCAUGACUGUGAGGACGCCGCUCGCGAGCUGCAGAGCCAGAUCCAGGAGGCCCGGGCCGACUUGGCGCGCAGGGGCUUGCGCUUCUGACCCCCCGGCCGCGUUCCCCCGCAGCCUCUCUCCCGCCGCCCAUUAAAGAGCAGCUUAUUUUCUAA